AUGGAAAGCAAGUGCAAGCCAACUGAAAAGAGGAUUGCUGUUGUGACAGGAGCCAACAAAGGUAUUGGUGUAGAGAUUGUUAGACAGCUUGCAAACAAUGGAAUCAUGGUCAUAUUAAUAGCAAGAGAUGAGAAAAGAGGAACUGAAGCUGUUGAGAAGCUAAUCAAUUCUGGUGUUUCCGAUGUUUUGUUUCAUCAACUUGAUGUUUCAGACUCUUCCAGUGUUGUUUCUUUAGCUCAUUUCAUCAAAACAAAGUUUGGCAAACUUGAUAUCUUGAUAAACAAUGCAGCAAUUGUUGGACUUACUAUACAUUCAAAUUCUUACACAGCAGUAGAAGAAGAAGAACUAGAAAAAUCUGAGGAAAAAGAAAUGAUCAAGUUGCUCAAGAGAAUUUCUAUGUCAACAGAGAUAUAUCAGAAUGCCGAAGAAUGUCUGAAUAUAAACUACUAUGGCACCAAAAGGAUGACCGAAGAACUUAUUUUUCUUCUCCAAUUAUCGACUCAAUUGAAAAUUGUAAAUGUAUCUUCAAUCCUUGGAAAGUUAGAGCAUUUUUUGAAUAAUGACAAGAUUGUCGAAAAAUUGAGUGAUACAAAUGGAUUGACUGAAGAGGAAUUGGAUAAAAUGCUAAAACAUUUUCUAAAUGAUUUCAAAGAAGGAAAAUUGGAAUCAAAUGGGAUAAUUGCGAAGAAAUUUCCGACAUUUUGUGUUAAUAGUGUUCAUCCUGGAUUUGUUAGAAUAGAUAUGAGUUGGGGUCUUGGGACUUUGAGUCCUGAAGAAGGUGCUAAAGGUCCUGUAAUGCUAGCAUUGCUUCCUGAAGAUGGUCCUUCAGGAUGUUAUAUUGAUGGAACAAAAAUAUCAUCUAUUUAG